AUGACUGUGCUUGAGGCUAUGGGCUUACCUGGGCAGUUUUGUGGUUGGAUAAAAGCUUGUAUCACUACUCCUCAGUUUUCUGUCUCUUUAAAUGGUAGUUUAGUGGGAUUCUUUAAGGGUGCUAGAGGAGUUAGACAAGGGGAUCCUCUAUCCCCUUAUCCUUUUGUACUGGUUAUGAAUGUCUUCUCCUCUUUACUGGAUGUUGCUGCCAAAAGAGGUGUCUUUAAAUACCACCCUAAGUGCAAGAGGAUCUCCCUCACAUACCUUUGCUUUGCUGAUGACUUGCUGGUUUUUUGCCAUGGAUCUUUUGAUUCUGUGAUGGGCGUUCUUAGCACAUUAGAGACUUUCUACAAGCUUUCUGGCCUUAGACUCAAUGCUAUGAAAACUGAGCUUUAUGCUUGUGGUGUAUCUGACCUUGUCCAUGGGCAAAUAAAGGCUGGAACAGGCUUUAGAGUUGGUAAUCUCCCUGUUAGGUACCUUGGUGUACCCUUGGUUACCAGGAAGCUUACUAGUAAAGAUUGUACUUCUUUGGGAGUCAUAAGGGAUGUUGAGAAAUUGUGCAUGAGGUUCUUUUGGAAAGGGAGUGAUUCCUCAGCUAGAGGGGCUCGGGUGAACUGGAAACAGAUAUGCUUAUUAAAAUCUGAGGGAGGCUUGGGUUUAAGGAGCUUGACAGAUUGGAGCAAAUCAUGUUGCUUACUGCUGAUUAAGAAGAUUUUGGCAGGGGAAGAUUCCCUUUGGAUUGCUUGGGUGAACUCUUAUUGCUUUAGAUCAGUGGAUUUCUGGCAUGCUGAUUACAGGGCUCACUUUAGCUGGAUCUUAGCUAAAAUGUUUAAGCUGAGGAGUGAAGCUAGCAGUUUGUUCUGUUCUAUUAGUAACUGGUCUCAAGUUAAUGCUCGGUGGAUUUGGGAUAAUAUUCGUUGUAGAGGUGAGAAGGUUAGUUGGCAUCGGCUUGUAUGGUUUCCUGGCCAUAUUCCAAAUUUUUCAAUGAUAUCUUGGAUGGCAAUAUCUGGUUUUGAGUCUCGUGAUCACAUUUUUUCUGAUUGUGCCUAUGUUGUGGGAGUUUGGCAUGCCAUCUUGCAUGCUUGUGCACUUAAUCUGGGGCCUUUAUGCUGGAAUGACCUUGUCUGCUGGUUGCUGCUGAACCUUAAAGGGAAGUCUCUAUUGGUUCAUAUCCUUAAGCUGGCCUGGUCUGGGUUCAUUUAUUUCAUCUGGGAGGAGCGUAAUCACAGGCUAUUUAGAGCUAGUCUGCAUUCUUUGGAUGAAUAA